AUGAACUUAAAUAACCUAAAUAAAGAGGAUCCUGAGCAGGAUGUUGAAGAAAAAUUGCAACCCCAACGAGCAGACAGCGACGCGUUCGAAGCGGUCCUGCAGCAUGUCGGAGAACUUGGUCUAUACCAGAAAUUGUUGUUUCUCGCUAUGGGUCCAUUCGGUCUAGUCUUUGCUUACGUGUAUUAUGUACAAUUAUUUAUAACCGCUACACCACAGAACCAUUGGUGUAGAGUGCCAGAAUUGGAGCAUUUAGAUGUUGGAAUUAGACGCAAUCUAACCACAAUGACCACGAGUGAUGGUUGGGAGAAAUGCUUUAUGUACGACGCCAAUUGGACACAAGUCCUUCAGGAUUUGACUGUACCAGCUUUCACCAAACUCGUUCCUUGCAAAAAUGGCUGGGAGUUUGAAUUGACUGAUGUACCAUAUCACACCGUGGCUAGUGAGCGUGGAUGGGUAUGCAAUGAUGCGAGUAACGUUCCGUUUACUCAAUCUAUGUUCUUUCUGGGGUCCUUCCUGGGUGGUAUCUUCUUUGGCUGGGUAGCUGACUUCUAUGGAAGAGUCCCAACGUUAAUAGGCAAGGCUUAUAAAGACAAUAUUAUAAACAUGUUUGAAGACACAUGA